AACUCGUUACAGAGUGAUCCAAAAGUAACGGAGACGUUAUAACAUAACCUUAAAUUUAUUUGCACUUUACUAAAAAAUUGUCAACACAACAGUAGAUAAUUUUAUGGAAAGAAACGGAGAUGAGACAGUUAGUUACCAACUUCCUUGAGACCUUAAAGGCACAUUUGAACUGAGGUAUUUGGAAUACGUAGAGAAAAUUGUGAACGAAGAUUUGAAAGUUUCAGAUAUCCCUGAUAUUUUCUCAAUAUAAGAUCAACACAACAUAGAGAAAAGGUGAAAAAAAGACAAGAAGGUUUCAACAAAAUUCAGCUGUUAAUAUCCGGACUCUACUACACAGCUCAAUCUACAAAGGGACGAAAGGAGGUAUAACAAUCCAUAUCAGCUUCGUAUAUCUUUGAAUUGAAGAGAUUGAAGAUAAUGAAAAAUCAAGGAAAAGUUUGUCGAACCUGCCUACAGGAUGGAUCUGAGCUCUUCUCUCUAAAUAUCAAGUUUGAGAGUGAAAUAUGCGGUAAAAAAAUGUUGGAUUUUCUUCUGGGAAGCGAUGUAUUAAUUCAGGAAGAUUUUUCAGAGAUAUGUGAGCCCUGCAAGAAAAAUCUAUCGAUAUCGUAUCACUAUAAAAAGCUAUGCCUAAUUUCAGAGGAGAAAAUUAAGGAGCAUAUUCUGACUACUGAUCAUUUCACAGAUCCUUUAAUUGUUGCGGUUGAGGCGGAUAUACCCCAUAAUUUAAACGAUACUGAUGAUCAUUCUUACAAUUCUGCACAUUUUAAUGAGGUGGAAAAAAAGAGUGAGAAUUGUAAGGAAAAUCCAGAAAAACUCAUCCAAUCAUCGAGACGAAAAUUAAGAAACAGGCAACAAGGCAGUUACCUAGAAUCAUUUAAAACAUCCACAGAAAUGAGGAAGAGGAAAACGAAUGAAAAUAAAGGAGCUAGGUGCCAAAAGUGCGGUAUAACAUUUCCAAAUUGCGCAUCUUAUAUGAGACACUACCGCCGAGAGCAUAUAGGAAAGCAAUCUAAAAAACUUAAUCCUGAUAAAUCAACUGAAAAGAGAGAAGAAAAAAAUCAAAACACCAUCCCAAAGCAAAUGACUUGUCUAAGAUGUGAAAUAACUUUUCCAAAUAAUUUGGCCUACAGAAGGCACUAUAGGAAAGAGCAUCUAGUCAAAUCUUCCAAGGAUCCCAUGACAUGUACAAGAUGUCAAAUAACAUUUUCCAAUGCUGCAGCCUACCAUAGGCAUUAUAAGGAGCAACAUAGGAAAAGGAAAAGAGUUAAUAAAUCACUAAAAAUUGAAGAAAAAGCGAAAUAUCUCAAGAAUGAGAAACCAAAAUUUUGUCGGACAUGCCAGAUCACAUUCUCUGAUCUAUCUUCGUACAUGAGACACUACAGACGUGAGCAUGAGAAACGUAGGGAAGGUGUUCCUGAGAAUCAAGACUGGAAGCUGGGGCCUAAUGGGGAGAAGCGUAUUGGAUGUCGUCGGUGUAAAACAACAUUCCCAGAUAUGCUGGCAUACGGGAGGCACUAUAGGCUCAUGCAUGAGACGAAAAAACCAAGAUUGAGGGAGACAACGGUCUGUGAGGAUUGCGGAAAGACAGUACCGCUCCAUAGGAUAAAAAUCCAUCAGGCCAGUCAUCGCGGAAAAACAUUUUUCUGCUCAAUUUGUGGCAGUGGAUUCACAUUGGAGCACAACCUGAAACACCACAUGCGAAUACACAAUCAACAAAAAAAUUACAUUUGCCAAUACUGCAAUAAGAGCUUUAUUCACUGGAGCUCUCGUAGAGAUCACAUUCGAACUACUCACGAUACUGAUAGGGAGCAGGAAGUCUUUGAGUGUCAUAUCUGUGGAAAGAAAUGUUCCCGGAAGAGUAACAUGGUAGUACAUAUGAUGAAACACACUGGAGAAUUUAAGCAUGAAUGUCCUUUCUGUGAAAAAAGAUUUAUUUCUGGACAUGAAAUGAGGAGACAUUUAGUUACACAUACUGGUGAAAAGAAUGUCAUCUGUAGCAUUUGCGGUAAAGCUUUCGGCACAAAAGGAUGUCUACGGCAACAUAUGGUUACUCAUACACGAGAAAGAAAUUACGAAUGUGAAAUUUGCAGAAAAACCUUUACGCAGUGUCAUGUCCUACGUUCGCAUAUACGCACUUCUCAUCCUGACCACCCAUUGCCACCACAAGGAACCGUCUUGAAGAAGAAUCCACGUAAAAGAAACAUUUACCUUGCACAGAACAUCCAAGAUUUAUCUCACAGUCAGACCGCUAAGACAUUUAAUGUCGAAAGUAAAAAGCUUGCGAUCGAGGAUGAAAUUAAUGAAAAGAUUCUAGAAAAAGAAUCUCAGCUGAAAAUAUGAAAUCGCUGGACAAAAUAUAAUUAUAAAUAUAAAAAGUGCCUUUACAGGUAUAUUACUACUGUUUAAAAUCUCUUUACAAUGUACCUACAGAAUAUUAUGGAUUCUCAAUAAAAAACCUUUAUUUCCACAA